AUGUCUUCAAGAAAUGCCAAAAUUGGGCAUCCUGCCCCCAACUUCAAAGCCACGGCUGUUAAGCCAGAUGGCCAGUUCAAAGACCUCAGCCUAUCUGACUACAAAGGAAAAGACAUUGUGUUCUUCUUUUACCCUCUUGACUUCACCUUUGUGUGCCCCACUGAGAUCAUUGCUUUCAGUGACAGGGCAGAAGAAUUUAAGAAACUCAACUGUCAAGUGAUUGGUGCUUCUGUGGAUUCUCAUUUCUGUCACCUGGCAUGGAUCGACACACCCAAGAAACAAGGAGGACUGGGACCCAUGAACAUUCCCUUGGUAUCAGACCCCAAGCAUACCAUUGCUCGGGACUAUGAAGUCUUAAAGGCUGAUGAAGGCAUCUCGUUCAGGGGCCUCUUUAUCGUUGAUGAUAAAGGUAUCCUUAGGCAGAUCACGGUAAAUGACCUUCCUGUCGGCCGCUCUGUGGAUGAGACUCUGCGACUGGUUCAGGCCUUCCAGUUUACUGACAAGCGUGGGAAAGUGUGCCCAGCUGGCUGGAAGCCUGGCAGUGAUACCAUCAAGCCUGAUGUCCAGAAGAGCAAAGAAUAUUUCUCUAAGCAGAAGUGAGCGCUGGGUCAUUUUAGGGCUGGGCUGCAGUGGGUGGCCAUGAAAACAAUAUCUUUUUUGUAUUAUUGUCAUGCUUAGAACAUAAAACUUUAGACACUGUGCAGAUGUGGUAUGGGGACAGGACAGGCCUUU